AUGCCGCGGUGCCCUCACAAGCUCCCACUGUGUUCGCUGGUACCUGAAGCGGCUGCUUUAUGUUUAAUUCCAGUUUCCUUUAUCAGCAGGCCAUCUUUCAGAAGUGCCCACGUCAGUGGAGUCCGACGUGUGAGGUGGUACAUUAUCAUGAUGAAACAGGACUUUACAAGACAAUUAUUUUUUUUUGAAGACCGGAUGAAUCAGCCCCCGUUUUUUUGUAAAAUAUGCCAACAACCCUUCAAAAACCGAAGACGCUUACGAUGGCACGUAGUCACACACGGAGAAAAGCAGCAUUGCUGCAGUUUAUGCAACAAAUCCUAUUUUCAUUUAUCUGAUCUGAAGAGACAUCUUACCAGCCACAACCAAGACGAGAAGAUCAACUGCCCCUUAUGCGAAAGCGCAUUUAGCUCGAAAACAUAUCUCCGUAACCACAUUAUUUACAUUCACAACAGAAAAUUCCCCUACAAUUGUGAUACAUGCGAACAAGGGUACACCUCCAAAGAGAGACUGGAACUUCAUCGCAGGACCGAACAUGAAGGAUUCCGCUUCGUCUGCGACGUGUGCGGGAAGAUUUUCAAAGACCAGCGCCAGUUUAACAUUCACACGAGGAAACACAAUCCCGAUCACGUGGAAACUGUGCACAAAUGCGAAAAGUGUUUCAAGUUUUUCCACACGUUGGUUGCGUAUAAACAGCAUUUGAAGAGGCAUGAGGGUGGUACUUGGAUUUGCGAAGUUUGUGGGAAAACUUUAACUUCUAAAAGUGGUUUGGUUGUUCAUAGGCGAUUGCAUUCCGGAGAAAAACAACAUAUUUGCCAUGUGUGUGGAAAAGCUUUCGCUAAAAGAGAAGCGUUGAUCGUGCAUAUUCGGGUCCAUACUAAAGAAAAACCGCAUCAGUGUAGCGUAUGUGACAAAAGUUUUUCACAAAGAACUACUUUGGUUAUCCAUAUGCGUCGUCAUUCUGGAGAGAAGCCGUACAAAUGUGAUGUUUGUGGUAAAGGAUUUGUUAUCAAGUCUGGUUUAAAUAAACACUCUUGCAAAAUUAAGUCAUGA